CCAGCAGAACCCCCCCCAGCUGUGGACCCCAGCUCCACCGCCCAUCACCACAUCACGGUUGCUAAGAUACAGUCGUGGGCGCGGCAGGGCUCUGUGGCUCCGACCCCCUCGCUGCAGAAAGGCUCCGCCCCCAGGACCUCUACAGGUGUGUCCCAGCAUGCACCUAGGUUGGGUCAGAGGCUCCUGGAUCAGAAGGAGUCCUGUGGGGGGGGUAUGUGUGGAGGCCCCACCCCCUGCCUACCUGUCAGCCCCGCCCCCCCUGCAGGGGGCUCCUCAGAGGGGCAGCGUUCCUACCUGCAGAGCCUGGAGCGCAGCAGCAGAGCUUGGGUUCUGUCCUCACAGGGGGGGGGCAACAUCUGGUACAACCCCAUCCCAGAGGAUGAGGGGGGAGCAGGACCCCCACCUGAGGGAGGGGGGGCAGGCUUCCCAUCUGAGGGGGGGCGGAUGUGGAGGAGGAGCGAGGAGCUGAGGGGGGGCAGGCCUGCAGAGAGUCCAGCAGAGGGAGCUAACCCGAGCGUUAGCCAUCAGACUGAUGACAUCACAGAACACACAGACUCCACCCCCUCAGACUCUAGUCCCGCCUCCACAAAGAAAGGGGGCGUAUCCAGUAGUGUGAUUGACAGGCUGCGGUCUCCAGGUACGGUGAGGAAACUCUCCAUGAAGAUGAAGAAGCUUCCGGAGCUUCGGCGCAAACUCAGCCUCCGCUCAACACGCGGCCGGGGGGGCGACAGCAGGGCUGGGGGCGACGAGUCGACCAGUAAGAACACAGCGUCGUCCACGUCCAAUCAGAAUGUGAUCAGCAGAUAUCACCUGGACAGCUCCGCCCCCCCAGCCCGACCCCUACGGAGGUCAUCAAGAGGACGCUCCGCUAAGGGAGGCUACCUUAGCGACACCU